AUGGCAGAAAGCCUCCUCAACGACCGCGCGUGCAAGAGAUGGGACGGUGCUCUACGCCGCUUUCAAGAUCACACUGGUGUCAAUUUUCACAUAGAUAGCCCGGAAACACUUCGAGAUGUUGCCAGUCGAGGUGGGGUGGUGUCCAUGAUCGAGGGCAGAAAGACGGACAAGGCGUCCUACGCGAAGCAUACUGAUCAUCUGCUGCGUGCUCUUGAGCCGGUACUGGAGGAGACGGAGUGGCUGCUGUCGAUGGCAAACGAUAAAAUCAAUUCGCGGGAGAGGACCCGGGGCCAAAUGAUGUUCUUGGCAUUUGAAAGCUUGAUUCUGGCAGCAGAUGACGAUAUUAGUUACACGGCAAUUGCAGCUCUAUUCAAGAAAAUUCCUCGAAUUGGGGCUACCUCUUGCGAAGACAUGAACAGCGCACCCGCUGUUCCAGGGCCUUUCAUCAACGUCCUCGCAUCGCUGAUAAUCCUGGUGGGCGUCGCGUAUACGAUUACACGGGAGGGACCUGGAUGGAUGCAACGCCAUGGUGUAAGCCUGAGUGGGAGCGAUUACAUCGUUGAAAACGACUCCAUCAAAUCACUCUUGUCAAAUCUACAAUGGGAGGUCAACGCGAUACCGUGGGCGAGAAAUGAUUGGCUCGCGAGGCUUCCAACUGUUUGGGAGCGUGUCCUGACGUGGUCCACUAUCCGCGAUGUCAGUGAUGUCAGCGAACAGUCCUCAUCUACUGGCCCGGGGGUCAAGAGGACCAAUGAGUUCAUUGCAACACUCGCUCGCUAUUGGGAUACUGUCAAGGCGCCUCGUAAGGAAACGAUUCGAUUGAAAUCCAUAUUGCGCAGUCUCUCUGAACGAAUUAGCUCGUUGAAACUUGACGAACACAGCAGUAUCGACAUGGUCUCCGUGAUCCUCGGCGCACUGUUUACACUAGUCAAGGUAGCCAAAGACGAUCAUGCGAGCAAUGAGCUUGUCAGGGAGAUUUGCGGACAUAUCAAGGAACGACUCGAUCACAGUCAGCUGGUUAUUGAUACGGCGGACCCCACUUUGGGACAGUAUCCCAUCCGCGUUGGGAUACAGCUUCUCGCUAUAACGGCUCGUGCCACGAACAUCAUACAUAAUCAUCGAGUACGACUUCGUGCGACCUCUCUUGCACAAUCGUCUUCGUCUCUCAUCGCUCGAGACAACGUACUUCAAGAGAAGCUUGCGGAGUUGUCUUGGAUAUUGGAUGAAGCGGUGGCGAUAGCUACACCUCAAGCUACUGGUGCAAACGCCCGGUUCGGCGAUAUCUGGAAAGAGGCAAUGGACAGUUACAUGGAUACCACUGGCAUUGACGUCUCGUCGUUAGAAGCAGUGCAGGGAGUGGACUCGCUGACAAUGCUGUCCAAUGCUCUCGAGGACGGCCGAUACACGUUUCAGCGAGAACAUAAGAAGUCCAGCGAGAUACGCACAGUCGUGAGGCCUGUCGCGCAGUUCUUGGACAAGGUUAUUGAUCCUGUGGCUGAUGCUGCAUCGAGCCAUAUUCCACACGCAAAGGUAGUUGCAGGCGCGCUCAAAAUCCUCUUAGAUGCCGCAGACAAGAUAGGAGAGGCAUAUGAACCGACACUCGAGCUAUUAUCCAAGCUUUCAGGCGUCACCGAUCGCUUGAGGGUAUACCUGACGAAGAGAAUGCCCAAAGAGAUGGAGCCAAUCUUCGUGAAGGCCCUCUCUCAUCUUCUGGAGAUAUUUGGGCUCGUGACCAGGAUCAUGAAGAAUGGCUAUAUUGAUCGCUUGCGAGGGAUGUCAGACGACCGCGAGGUUCAGACGGCGCUGAGAAAGCUCGACCGAUUGGCGGAAGACGAGGCGAGCAUGGCAAUUGCACUGGUACUCACGAAUCAAGAAUCUGGGAAAGCGGAUAAGGAAGAUGGCCAGGCCUCGGGUGCUUCCCUCACUCCAGCGCGAGAACCAGAAACUAUCCGGAGAGUACUCCCGCCACGGCCUCGAGUAUGCGUUGGGCGAGACGAGCACAAGGACGUCCUAAAACAAUCCAUCCUUGCUCACGAACCAGUUGUUGUGCUCGGAACAGGCGGGAUCGGCAAGACGACGUUGGCUGUUGAGGUUCUUCACGAUUACGACGUCGUUGUCGCUUAUCCUUCCCGGCACUUUGCUCCAUGCGACGCUGUCACCACGCCGGUGCUCUUCUUAUUCAUGCUUGCCGACGUCCUCGAUAUCCCCAAGGAAGAAAGGGGUCAGAAUAUCUUGAAAUCAGUUCUCCGUAGUCUCGACAGCGAUCCCGCGGUGCUGCUCGUCGAUAAUUUCGAGACAUUGUGGGAUAUCGCUGGGAAUCGCACGAUUGUCGAGGAGUAUCUUGCGCACUUCGCUGAUCUACACAAUCUCGCGCUGGUGGUAACGAUGCGCGGCGCGGAACCCCCAAUGGGGCCUACGUGGAGAGAAUGCCGGCUGCGGCCAAUAUCUCACGACGACGGCAUUGCUGCAUUUAAGCUGGUCGCCGGCAUCCCGAGCACAGAGGACGAUGAAUGUGUUUCCAAGCUCGUAGAGGCCGUCGAAGGCCUUCCCCUUGCCAUCACUUUGCUCGCAAAACAGGUGCAGCCAGAUGUACUGACUACCGCAGCCCUGUGGAGUCGAUGGAAGAAGCAAAGUGUCUCUGCAAUCAGCGUCGCCGAUGGCGCUGUUGACAAAUCCCGCGAUCUCGCCGUAUCAAUCGAGCUUUCCCUGAAUAGCCCACGCCUGCGGACUACGCCCUCAGCUCGCACCGCUCUUGCUCUGGUAGCAAAGUUACCAGAGGGCUUGCCAUCUGAAGGAUCACUGCUAGAUGAGCUAGACGACGUGCUUACUCCCUUUAUGAAGCUCUCCGACUCUCUCCUUGCGCUCACUCGGACAUCUCUUAUAUAUAUCAGCGAUAGUGGUGGUGGCAAGUACCGAAGAUACCGCAUGCUCUCCCCCAUCCGAGACUACUGUAACAGCAGCGCAGCCCUGCCACUCUCUGCGAAGCCUUUGGAGAUCCUCAGUACAGCCUACUUUGCCGCCAUCAAUCGGAGAAAGGAUGGAACACGAUAUGACUACAUAUCUGUAGCGACAGUUCCUCCAGAGCUACCGAAUGUAUUCCACAUCCUUGCUACCGCCAUUCGUCAUGCGAAACAAUCUCCAGAACCCACACCCACGCGCAGGACAAUCGAGGUGCUUACUGUCAAUGAGAUCGUGGUUCACGAUUACUAUCUCGGAGCUUCUUCUGUAGAUCUUCUCCAGCUCUGCAUUGGACAUGUGGACGAUGGGGAACUCCUGGGCGACUGCUACCACACGAUGGGGAAUGUAUACCUCCACCUCAAUAAGUAUGAUGAUGCCGAGACGGCCCUGUAUCAGGCGCUUGAGCAUCACAAAGCUUCUGGCAGCCAGCAAGGUGAAGCGAACGAUCUCAAAGACCUCGCGUGGAUAUACCAAUACAGAAAUGAUCUCAACCACGCGAGGGACACCUUGGAGGAGGCACUGUCGCUUCACCGUGCGAUCGAGGACCGCCUGGGCGAGGCCGAUGCCUUCCAGAGCCUCGGAGACCUGUUCUUUCGACAGGAUGACCUCGACAAUGCAGAAGCAUCUCUAAAUAAUGCCCUGUCGCUUUAUGGUGCCAUCGAUAACCGCCUCGGGGAGGCAAACACACUUAAAAGCCUCGGAGAUGUGUACUGUCAGAGGAAUGACUAUGACAAGGCGGAGCACACAUACAAGAAGGCUGCAUUGCUCCACCGCUCACUCCAGGACCGCCUCGGCGAGGCCACUGAUCACAGCAAGCUCGCCAGUAUGUAUAUCGUGAGAGGGGAUCCUGAUGAGGCAGAGGAAUCAUCCCGCACAGCUCUGGACCUCUACUGUACCAUCCACGACUGGCUUGGCAAGGCGAACAGCUUGCAGGACCUCGGGAGGGUGUACCUGUAUUGGGGGAAUCUGCCCAAUGCUGAAGAAUCAGUGAAGAAUGCCCUGGCUCUGCACCAGGCUGUCCAGGACCGGGUGGGUGAGGCCACUGAUCUCACAGUACUCGGUGAGGUCUAUGUGAAGUCCGAUCGCGAUGCCGAGGCCGAGAAGGUCCUGUGCGAUGCUGUCAAGCUGAGCCGCGGCAUUCAUGAUCUUCUCAAUGAGGGGCGUGCACUCCUGAUCCUCGGGCAGGUGCACACAAAGAUGGAGUGCUUUGAUGAGGCGGAGGCAGCCCUCACUCGAGCUCUCGAGCUGCAUCGAGGAAUUGAAGGGGCUGACGUGAAUGUGCAGAUUAACGAGGGGUUACUGGAGGAGCUUCGGAAGGCUCGGGAGCAAUCUGCCCAGGAGGCCUCGACACCGAAUGAACCUCCAUCGCCAUGA